AUGAUGAGGGUUCAUGAUACAGUUACAGAGAUCUUACACGCUGCCAAAGAUGAAGCUGCUCCUGCUACAGAGAUAAGUGAAGACUCAAAGACGGAGGAGGAGGAGGAGGAGGAGGAGGCAGAAGUGCCCCCUGAAAUCACCAGUGAAGCAGAUGUGCAACAGGCACAGGAAGAUGAGGUGAAAAAUGUCGACCUCGAAGAAAAAGAACCUGAAACACCUCUGGAGGACGAGAAAAGCCUUGAUCAUGACAGCAAAGAGGACGAGGAAAAGGAAGAAGAUGAUAAAGAGGAAGAAGAGGAGAUUCCAACAUUUGAGAAAACUGACGAAGAUCAAGAUCUAGACAUGGACGAUGAUGAGGAUGAAGAAGAGAAGGAAGCAGAAAAACUGGACGACAUAGAAACCGAGGUUAAGGAGGAUGACGAAGAUGACGAAGAUGAACCAUCAGUCCAACAACUUGAUCUUAAAAUUCUGGCUUCUGAAGAGCUUGAUAUUGAUCAGAUACCUGAAUCUUAUGAUGACGAGGAGGAGGAUGAAGAGGAAACAACCUUACUCCCUAUAUACGACGAAGACAUCAUCGAUGAUCUCGAUGAAAACAACAACAACAGUGAGAGCAGAAAGACUGAACCAAAACGAAAGAGGAAGGUUCACGUUCGCUUUGAGAAGCUCAGACGAGUCGGAUCCAGAGCGUCUCACAAAGAAGAACGCCUCAGCAAAUACGAGAAAGAUGUCAAAGCUGCAGAACAUAAGAAAGAGGAGAAAAAAGUGGAUGAACUCAAACUUGAAGAAACUGUAGUCAUAAAACCAAAGGAGGUAAAGCCAAAGAAGGAGGCCAAACCUGAGGCAAAACCUCAGAAGAGACCCAAAGAAGAGCCAGUGAAGAAGGCUCUCAAAGAAGAGGAAGAUGUAAAGAAACUGCCCAAAGAAAAGAAACUGGUGAAGAAACCCCUCAAAGAUGAGAAAGAAGAAAAGAAACCUCCCAAAGUAAAGAAAGAGGUGAAGAAACCAGCUAAAGAAGAGGAAGAAGUCAAACUACAUCUUAAAGAGGAGAAAAUUUCCAAAGAAGGAAAGAAACCGAUGAGGCCUCCUAAAAAGGAGAAAGAAAUCAAGACAAUUGCCAAAGAAGACAAAGAACCAAUGGAAAAGAAGGUCACCAAGACAGAUGCUAAACCCAAAAAGUCUGCAAAGACAACUAGAGUAGUCAAGAAGGAAGUUGCAUCUGUCUUCAAGAAGGAACAUGUUAAUAUUACAAAAACAGCUGAUGAACCUAAGAAGCCUGCAAAGCUGCUGACGAUUGCUAGAAAGCAGAUGGUUCCUGUCCUGAAAAAAGAACAUAAGAAUGUGACAAAAACAGCAGUUCCUGAAGUUCCUAAGGUGGCGGCCAAACUAGAACUGGCAAAGAAAGUGGCAGCUCCCCAUCCGCCCAAGAGGGAACCAAAGCAAAAACUCAAACGUAAACCUGUAAAACCAGAUAUCGAGGCGGUGAAGGAAAAGGAAAAACCGACCCCUAAAAAGAAAGAAGCUGAAGUUUCAAAACCAAAGCCCAAACCUGUUCAGAAAGAUGUUGAGGUUGCUAAAGAAAAAGCCAAGCGAGCUCCGUCAAAGAAGGAAGCACCAAAGAAAAAGGCCAAAGCAGCUCCUGCAAAGAAAGAGGCCGCUGCUCCUAAAGAAAAGGCAAAACAAGUCAUCUUGACCAAAGAACGAGAAGGCGCUCCUAAAAAUGCCACUCUGGCAAAAGAGAGGGUCAAAAUAGUGCCGAUGAAGAAAGUGGUCAAAGCACCAAAAAUCAAAACAGUCGCUGCAAAGACGAAACCUGCAAAAAUCCAGACAAAACCAGCACCAGUAGUUAAAGAGGCAGAAGUUCCACCCAAAAAUGUCACUCUGACGAAGGAGAAGGUGAAGGUGGUGCCACUGAAGAAAGUUCCUGUGACGCCAAAAGAAAAAGUCAAACCAGCACCAACAAAAACAGAAGCUAAAGUUGUCAAGGAGAAGAAGGCUGAGCCAGUGACUCCCAAGAAAGAGCCUGUAACUCCAAAAGAAAAAGCCAAACCAGCACCAACAAAAAAAGAAGCUGAAGUUGUCAAGGAGAAGAAGGCUGAGCCAGUGACUCCCAAGAAAGCCCCUGUUAUUAAGGCAAAACCAACACCUGCUAAAAAGAAGAAAGAAGCUGAAGUUGUCAAGGAGAAGAAGGCUGAGCCAGUGACUCCCAAGAAAGCACCUGUUACUAAGGCCAAACCAACACCUGAUAAAAAGAAGAAAGAAGCUGAAGUUGUCAAGGAGAAGAAGGCUGAGCCAGUGACUCCCAAGAAAGCCCCUGUUACUGAGGCCAAACCAACACCUGCUAAAAAGAAGAAAGUGCCUGUGACUCCUAAAGAAAAAGUCAAACCAGCACCAACAAAAAAAGAGGCAGAAGUUCCACCCAAAAACGUCACUCUAACGAAGGAGAAGGUGAAGGUGGUGCCACUGAAGAAAGUUCCUGUGACGCCAAAAGAAAAAGUCAAACCAGCACCAACAAAAACAGAAGCUGAAGUUGUCAAGGAGAAGAAGGCUGAGCCAGUGACUCCUAAGAAAGCACCUGUUGUUAAGGCAACACCAACACCUGCUGAAAAGAAGAAAGAAGCUGAAGCUGUCAAGGAGAAGAAGGCUGAGCCAGUGACUCCCAAGAAAGCCCCUGUUACUGAGGCCAAACCAACACCUGCUAAAAAGAAGAAAGUUCCUGUGACUCCCAAAGAAAAAGUCAAACCAGCACCAACAAAAAAAGAAGCUGAAGUUGUCAAGGAGAAGAAGGCUGAGCCGGUGACUCCCAAGAAAGCACCUGUUACUGAGGCCAAACCAACACCUGCUAAAAAGAAGAAAGAAGCUGAAGUUGUCAAGGAGAAGAAGGCUGAGCCAGUGACUCCCAAGAAAGCACCUGUUGUUAAGGCCAAACCAACACCUGCUAAAAAGAAGAAAGAAGUGGAGACUCCUAAAGAAAAGGCCAAAGCAGUCAUCUUGACCAAAGAACGAGAAGGCGCUCCUAAAAAUGCCACUCUGGCAAAACAGAGGGUCAAAAUAGUGCCGAUGAAGAAAGUGGUCAAGACACCAAAAGAGAAAGUCAAAACAGUCUCUGCAAAGCCAAAACCUGAAAAAAUCAAGACAAAACCAGCACCAACGGUUAAAGAGGCAGAAGUUCCACCCAAAAACGUCUCUCUAGCAAAGGAGAAGGCUAAAGUGGUGCCACUGAAGAAAGUUCCUGUGACCCUGAAAGAAAAAGUUAAACCAGCACCAACUAAAAAAGAAGCUGAAGUUGUCAAGGAGAAGAAGGCUGAGCCAGUGACUCCCAAGAAAGCACCUGUUGUUAAGGCAACACCAACACCUGCUAAAAAGAAGAAAGAAGCUGAAGUUGUCAAGGAGAAGAAGGCUGAGCCAGUGACUCCCAAGAAAGCACCUGUUGUUAAGGCAACACCAACACCUGCUAAAAAGAAGAAAGAAGUGGAGACUCCUAAAGAAAAGGCCAAACCAGUCAUCAUAACCAAAGAACGAGAAGGCGCUCCUAAAAAUGCCACUCUGGCAAAAGAGAGGGUCAAAAUAGUGCCUAUGAAGAAAGUGACCAAGGCACCAAAACAGAAAGUCAAAGCAGUCUCUGCAAAGACAAAACCUGCAAAACUCAAGACAAAACCAGCACCAGUAGUUAAAGAGGCAGAAGUUCCACCUAAAAACGUCUCUCUAGCAAAGGAAAAGGCCAAAGUGGUGCCACUGAAGAAAGUGCCUGUGACUCCCAAAGAAAAAGUCAAACCAGCACCAGCAAAAAAAGAAGCUGAAGUUGUGAAGGAGAAGAAGGCUGUGACUCCCAAGAAAGCACCUGUUGUUAAGGCAAAACCAACACCUGCUAAAAAGAAGAAAGAAGUGGAGGCUCCUAAAGAAAAGGCCAAACCUGCAGUAGCAAAGAAAGAAGCUGUUGUGAAAGAAAAGAUGAAGGCAAAAGCCUUAAAGAAAGAACCUGAGGCCAAGCCAGUCCUGGCCAAGAAAGAAGCAGAGGUUGAAAAGGAGAAACCCAAACCAGUGCAUGAAAAGAAAGCUCCUUCUAAAAAAGAGGCUGAAACAAAGAAGGAAAAGAUCAAAUCACUCCUAAAGAAGAAAGAGCCCAAAGUAACAAAGGAAAAAGUCAAACCAGCUGUUAAAAAAGACACGGUAAAGAAAAAGAGCAAACCAGUCCGUGUGAAGAAAGAAGUGGAGACUCCUAAAGAGAAGGACAAACCUGCUGCAGUAAAGAAAGCCAUGUUGAGGAAAAAGACCAAAGCAGUCCAUGUGAGGAAAGAGCCUCAGGUUUUAAAAGAAAAGAUCAAACCCACUGCAACAAAGAAAGUUGAGAAGAAGGUAGAAAAGGAAGAGAAAGCUAAAGAGGACAGAGUUCUUAAAGAGAUACAGGAGCCUGCAAAGAAAGAAAAAGCUGCUGUAAAGAAAGCUGCCAAGGAGGAUAAAGUUAAAGCAGAGCCUUCUGUAUCGGACAGCUUUCUCAUGGAGGAAGAGCUGCCCUACUUCCAGUGUUUCUUUGUGGACGAAGACGAGGCGCAGUUUCCGUUUUACGCCUUCUCACCGCUGCAGAUUUGAGGCUUCAGUCUGAAUCCAGUCUGAGGUUUACAAUUUAGUCAACUUACUGAUAAUGACAAGGUCACGUCACACCUCGCGCUGCUGAAACACAGCUGCAGCUGGACAGCAGAGGAUGAUGGGGGAUUUUUUUGUGACAGACCAUUAUUUUAUUUCCAGAAUUGGUUGAGCUCUCGUACCAAAUACAUGCAGCCAGUGUCAUUCCUUUACUUUUUUUUUUUUUAUUUUGUUUUCUGUGCUCAGUGGACAUCAUAGGAAUACUUUAAAUGGAACAAUCUGUUGUAACUUCUGUGGAUCAUUCAUUUAGAUAUUUAAAGCAACAUUUGUAAAACCUUGUAAUAUAUUUACAGCUCACUACAUAUUGUUGUUAUCAGUCUGUAAAAGACAAAGUCUGUGCUUUUAUGACAAUGGUUUAAAUUCACUGUGAACAGGGUACAAAAAAGUUGCUGAUCUAAGGUGGACUUGGAUGCAGUUCCUCCUACAUUUACUUGAAAAGCGGUUUUACACAAAUUGUUAUGCUUGGUCAUUUGUAUAGUUUUUGUUUUUUCCCUUCAUCAUACGAUGGGUGCCCUGCUUGUCCUCGUGGUUGCUCAUGACUCGUUAGAGUAUUUAAUUUAUUUCAAGGAACCAUUUUUCUCACAGAUUUUCCUCUUUUUCUUCCUACCUUAGUACACAAAAGGAAUCAAAUGAAAAUGGAUCCUCUUGGCAUUUUCCAAGACAGAACAACUGUGUUUUUAAAUUUUAUUUUGUAGUUUUUAUGCAUCAAAAGGAAUGACCAUGCACUGUGUAUGAGAGCUCCCAAACUUACUGAUGGAACGCUACCUGAAAUGUUUAAAGUCUUAUUAAAACCAUCUGGACACCUGCACCAGCUCCUCAUUUUGAUAUUGGUGCUAAUAACCAGCCUGGACUCUCAGAAUGAGGUUUGAGUUCAGUUGUGUUUUUCAUUUGAUCGUUUCUACCAUCAAGUAUCAGAUUCAUUCUGUAAUUCCUUGAUUGACCAAAAACACGCUGCCGCUGACGUUGGUCGCCGGCUGUCGAUGUGUGUGCACAAAGUAGAAACUUGACAUAUUUUGGAAACCUUUUAAGCAGGUUCUUAUAAACGAGAGAGUGAUUGUCUAUUAUAAUGCUAUGGGCAUAUAUAACAUGAUAUGAAUGCAUAUCUUAAAAUAACAUCUCAGAUUGACUGCGCUGAAAUGCAGCAGAAUAAACAGGAUUUCUGUUUUGUGAAUAUUCUGUAUUUGAGAUGUACAGUGAGAGCUACGAGACAGAUUUUGAAUACUGUUAUUGGUCAUGCACAAACAGCCAAAUCAUGCAUUCAAAAUUUCUGAAAAAUAAUAGAAAAACAACAUUGGUGUUAACGUAGAGAAGUCUGACGUUGAAACAUCUCUGACUGCACACCAUGUGGUCACACUCGCUGCAGAGGACGUCACAUGUUCAGGCAGAUGAUCGCAGACGUUAAACAUUAGUCAGCUUGUACCAGCUACAUAUGGCUCGUUGCAUUUUGCUCCAUAUGUUGCAUAGGAGACAGUUAUUACAGCUUGUGGCACUAAUCCUGAGUCUAUUCAAGUGCAAAUCCACUUUUUUUUUAAAAAGUUUAAAUAAUAGGAACACACUGUUUAUCAGGAAUGAUGCACGCUCUGCAGCUCUCAGUGAACUGAACUGAACUGUAACAGCUGGAGUUUUAUGGAGAUGUUGAUGAGGUUGUGGGUGUUCCUAAAUAUGUGAGUUAUUGGAGAUGUUGCUAAAAAACAUUUUGAUUAAUGGUAACAAAAGACGAAUAUAAAAUGUACCUAAAGACUCACUUUUACCAGGUGAACAUGUGCAAUAUUUAGUUUUUUUGAUUAUAGCACUGUAUGUUUGUCUUUGAAUGAACUGUGCAUGAUGUGUGUGUGUGUGUGCUUUUGUUUAUGCUCUCAAAAUAUUUAUGUGGCACACACACACUUAUGAGCACAUGAAUCAGGGUUUUUGAUACAUGUGUCUCUCAGUGGUGUUGCUGACUUCAUACAAGAAACAAAUCAUUCAUAUUAAAAUAAUGUUGAUGUAAAUAAUUAAAUAAAAUGGGUUGUUUUAUCCCGGAAAUAUGACUACUGAAACUUCGCCUUAACUGACCCUCAUUAUGCUUGUGAAUAGUAGCAAUAUGACAUUAAAACAUAGCACCGCAA